AUGGAGCCACAAGACGAGGUUGUUCUAUCCCAAGCACAAAGGGAUAGUUUGAAGGAUGCAAGGAAGAAGGACAAGAAGGCGCUCACCCUCAUCUAUCAAGUCUUAGAUGAAGACAUGUUUGAGAAAGUAGCUUGUGCUACUAUGAGUAAGGAAGCAUGGGAGAUCUUGCAAAACUCCCACAAAGGAGUUGAGAAGGUGAAAAAUGUUCGACUUCAAACACUUCAAGUUGUAGCCAUUGAGGAAUCUAAAGAUCUAGAUAGUAUGAGUGUCAAUCAACUCAUAGGAUCUUUACAAACCCAUGAGGAAAGACUAAAGAAGAAGGAAGGUUCAAUAGUAGAAGAAGCCAAAGAGGAAGAGGACGAGGUCAAGAUCGAUGAAGAAUUACAUUCUAUAAGGAGGAGAGAAGGCAAAGUUCAUUUUCUACCAGCGAUCUUGGAAGAGGAAAAGGUACGAGGAAAAAUAAAGGACCAAGAAUGUAAAAAUAUUACUAACCAAGUUGAGGAGAAAGCCAACUACGCUUAUCGGGAAAGUGAAGUAGAUCCUGCACUACUAUUGACUUACAAAGGUGAAGAGAGCAGAGAAAAGAAUACUUUGUAUUUGGAUACAGGAGCAAGCAACCAUAUGUGUGGAAGAAAAAACAUGUUUGUGGAGCUUGAUGAAUCAGUACGCAUCAAUUUAUCUCAAAUGUCUAUUAUGUGCCCAAUAUGA